AUGGCCGAGCGAAUCCUUUUGAACGAGUUCCGCACCCUGUCGCGUGAGGAAUGGGUCAACAUCGAGCUCCAUGAAGAGAACAUCUUUAAGUGGGAUGUCGCCCUUAUUGUGCUCAAUAAGGAUUCUAUGUACUAUGGCGGCUACUUCAAGGCCAGAAUGACGUUUCCUCAAAACUAUCCUUACUCACCCCCAGAGUUCCGUUUCCUCCAACCCCUCUGGCACCCCAACAUCUACAAGGACGGCCGUCUCUGCAUCUCCAUCCUCCACCCUCCAGGUGAGGACGAAAUGUCCGGUGAGCUCGCCGCAGAGCGCUGGACACCCGCUCAGCGGGUCGAGUCCGUCCUCAUCUCCAUUCUCUCGCUACUCGACGACGCCGAAUGCUCCUCUCCUGCCAAUGUCGACGCCGGCGUCAUGUUCCGCACCGAUCCCGACCAUUUCCGCUCCAUCGUGAAGGCCCAGGUUGAGUCCUCCAAGGCCAACAUGCCUCCGGGCUUCGUGAUGCCGGUCACUGCGGCGGUGACGCCGCCGGAGGUUGACAAGGAGGAGCCUGAUUUCUGGGCUGAUUCGGACGUCGAUAGCGAUGUGUUUGGGGGUAGUGACUCUGAUGAGGACCUGGACAUGGACCAGUUCUCGGGCAGUGAGGACGAGGAUGAGGAUGAGGAGGACGACGACGACGACGAGCUCCAGGCCAUGGAUGAUGACUAG